AAGUAAAACAUGUACCCCCGAUGAGUUCACUUGUAAAUCAGGCGAGGGUGAAUGUAUACCCUUGGCCUGGAUGUGUGAUCAAAGUAAAGAUUGUUCAGAUGGUUCCGAUGAGGCUUCAUGCAACGAAACUUGUCGCUCAGAUGAGUUUACUUGCGGUAAUGGUCGUUGCAUACAAAAACGUUGGAUGUGUGAUCAUGAUGAUGAUUGCGGCGAUGGUUCCGAUGAAAAGAAUUGUGCCAAAGUACCAUGUGAUGCUCAUGAAUUUACAUGCACAAAUGGCGCCUGUAUACACAAGAAAUGGAAGUGUGAUGGUGAUCCCGACUGUUAUGAUGGAUCCGAUGAGUUGAAUUGUCGCAAUGUCACCGAAACACAUACACCCUGUCUGGCUCACGAAUACCAGUGUAAGGAUCGUAUCACCUGCUUACAUCCCAGCUGGUUGUGUGAUGGUGAAUGUGAUUGUCCCGGUUGUGAUGAUGAAGUAGAUCAAAAUUGUAAAAAUAAUACUUGUCGUCCGGAUCAAUUUCAAUGUGCCGACCGUUCUUGCAUUGCCGGUCAUCUGAUAUGUAAUGGUGAAUUUGAUUGUACCGAUAAAAGUGAUGAACUUAAUUGUGGUAUUCGUAAAGAAACUGUAUGUAAUAAUACCACACAAUUUGAUUGCGGUGGCGGUCAAUGUAUAUCUCUUGCCAAAGUAUGUGACAAACAUAAAGACUGUCCGGAUGGUGAAGAUGAGCCAGCCAAUAGAUGUGAUAUAAAUGAGUGUUCGACAAAUAAUGGUGGCUGCAUGCAUAAGUGUAUUGAUCAACCUAUUGGUUUUAAAUGUGAAUGUGAAACUGGCUAUAAAUUAAUUAAUAAUAAAUCCUGUGUGGAUAUUGAUGAAUGUGCCGAAAAUCCCGGAGCAUGUUCACAAAUUUGUAUUAAUGAAAUUGGUGGCUAUAAAUGUGAAUGCAUGGAUGGUUAUAUGCGUGAUCCACGCAAUCAUACACGCUGUAAGGCAACAGAAGGACAUGCAUCUCUGUUACUGGCACGUCGUCAUGAUAUACGUAAAAUAGCUUUGGAUCAUAUGGAAAUGACAUCAAUUGUAAAUAAUACAAAAUCAGCAACUGCUUUGGAUUUUGUUUUUCGCACCGGCAUGAUAUUCUGGAGUGAUGUGACCACACAAAGUAUAUACAAAGCACCCAUUGAUGAGGGCAACGAUAAAACAAUUGUACUGAAAGAGCAUACAGUAACCUCAGAUGGUUUGGCUGUCGAUUGGAUUUACAAUCAUAUAUACUUUACGGAUACCCACAGAUGUACCAUUGAAUUGACAAACUUUGAUGGCAAUAUGGGUAAAGUGCUCAUAGAAGAUGAAUUGGAUAUACCACGUUCAAUAGCAUUGGAUCCCAUUGAAGGUUGGAUGUAUUGGUCCGAUUGGGGUGCUUCGCCUCGUAUCGAACGUGCUGGCAUGGAUGGUUCACAUCGUACCACAAUUAUCAACUAUGAUGUCAAGUGGCCAAAUGGCAUUACUUUAGAUUUGGUACGCAAGCGAAUCUAUUGGGUUGAUGGUAAAUUAAACAUCAUAUCAUCUGCAAAUUAUGAUGGUUCACAGCGACGUCAGAUUUUAUAUUCAACGGAAUAUUUACGUCAUCCCUUCUCUAUAACGACAUUUGAAGAUUAUAUUUACUGGACAGAUUGGGAUAAACAGACCGUAUUCAAGGCAAAUAAAUUCAAUGGUGAAGGUGUUGAACCCAUAACAGCUGUACAUAUGUUACAACAUCCCAUGGUCAUACAUGUCUAUCAUCCAUAUCGUCAACCGGACGGUGUCAAUCAUUGUCAAGCUGUCAAUGGACACUGUUCACAUUUAUGUCUGCCGGCGCCGCGCAUUAAUGAACACAGUCCACGUAUAUCGUGUGCCUGUCCCACCGGUCUCAAAUUAAUGGACGACAGACUGAUGUGUGUUGAAGAUCCCUUACAAAAGAAACAUUUAGGUGGACUAACGCCUGCCACAACAAAACCAAAGAUGUACUUUAAUUUAACUUCCUCUAAGUCGUCAUCCUCUACAUCCUUUUCCUCCUCGUCGUCGUCGUCACCAUCGUCGAAAGCAGACAUACAACUACCAUUGUCUGUUAAUAAUCUACCUCAGCAAGAACAACAACAAAAUCUAAAAGCUGGCUCUACGGGCCAUUAUGUUGAGCAAAUGGUUCAAGACCAUCAUAGUAAGGUUAAUAAACAUCCCACCGGAAAUGGCACUCAUAAUAAUGAUGGCAGUCCUAUAACAACAACAACACAACCAGAUUCGGGUUAUAUUGCUUUAAUAGUGAUAGGUAGCUUACUGGGCACCUCACUAGUAUUGGGAGUGCUUCUUUAUAGCGGUUAUCGCUACUGCAGCAGGCGCUCUAUUAAUUCGAUGAAUUUCGAAAAUCCUGUUUAUCGCAAAACAACUGAAGAUCAUUUUAGUUUGGAGAAAAAUCUACCCGUGCGCAUGUAUCCCAGUACGGUUGAUGAAGAGUCCAAAGAACCUUUAAAGGAAGUGGGCACUGAGUGUGUUUAAAGUAAAUUUGUUUAAAACAAAAACUCUCAUUUCAAAAAAAGUACCAAAAAAAAGAAAACUAAAGCCUAUUUUGAAAUAUUCUAGUAAAACAACUAUUUUUUGGCAACAAUGAAAAGACUUACAUUUUUAAAAUGUAGUAAAAAAUUUUUUUAGAAAAGACAAAUUUAAAAACACUAAAUUAAAGAGAAACCAAAAACAAAACAAAAAAAAUUCAUACUGAAAUCAUUCAACUAAAAAAGAAAGAAAAUUAAAAAAACACAACACCUCACUUUUAUUUUAACUUUUUAUUUUGUUUUUAGGAAAUACAUUAAGUAGAAAAAAGUAUAAGAAAACACAUACAGUCAUACACAACAAAUACACUUACACACUUAAGAAAACACUUGUCAUCAACAACAACAAAAACAACAGCAGUUACAGUUAAAAAAAAAAAGAACUAGAGAGAAGAAACGAGAUCACUUAAACAUCACUAAGCAACCGGAAACUGUCUCUUGCUUUUACCUAAGAAAUCAUUAAACUAACACCAACAAUCUAGAACACAUACACAUAGCCUUUUCAACCUAAACAGGCACAACUAUAACAACAAUCAACUCAACUUAUUAAAACCUUUGUGGUCAUUUAUUUACAACAAAAAAAUAAAACUCUUAAACAACAAUGAAAGGAAAUCCUGCCAAUUUUUCUUUAAGAAAAUUAAAACAAAAACAAA